AUGGAGGCUAUGCGCGUCGCCCAGCGGCGAGCGCUCCAGCAGCUAUUCCGCAACAAACCCCUUCAGCAAAGCUUCCGCCAACUACAUCAGACCUCGCGACAGCAAUUCCGUACAAGACCGAACGGACCCCUCUCUUGGUCGGCACCGAGAGCACCGCGACCGUCCUCACUCCCGUAUACACGAACAUUCCGCCAGCAAACGCGCCACUUCAGUUUCCGCAGGUGGAAUUCAACUACUGCGCAGUCAGAAUCUUUGAGUCUGUCCCAGCGGCUGAAGAAGCUGUCACGCGAAUACGGAUGGGCUGCAUUAGGGGUAUAUCUGGCGCUGACGGCGCUCGAUCUGCCCUUCUGCUUUCUGGCGGUGCGAAUGCUUGGGCCGGAUGUAGUCGGACAUUACGAGCACUUGAUCGUGACUUGGGUCAAAGACCUCGUUAAAUGGCCUGUUUCGGCGACGGUCGGCGACGAGGCUGAGGAAGAGGCGGAACAGGCUGUUAAGCAGGUGGCAAAGCCGGUCGAGGAGGUUACGGGUCAGGAGCAGAGGAUUCUGGAAGAAGAUGAGGCCUACGAGGUUGCCGACCAUGGGUACAAGGAUGCGGAAAAGGCGAAUUCGGGAGCUGAAGCUAGUAUCUGGACUCAGCUCGCAUUGGCGUACGCCAUCCACAAGACUUUCAUCUUUGUCCGAGUGCCCAUAACGGCUGCGAUUACACCGAAGAUCGUCAAGACGCUGCGAUCGUGGGGCUGGAACAUUGGGAAGAUGCCUAAGAAGAGCGUGGCGUCGCAGUCAAAGACUGGUGUCAACACUAAGGGGUCAAAGGUCAAGAGCGACGAUUGA